GAGAAGUCACGGUUUCGGUAACGGCCGGUUCUGCAAUGGCGGCCUCGUCUUGUUCAUGUGUCUUCACGUUAAGCCGUUUUCUGUAAGUGUAGCCCACGGAAGGAUACCGGUGACCUGCCAUGUGUUUGUCCAAUCGGAUCCAUCGCUCGUCAAAUUCAAUCUGAGUCUACCGGCGGGCGCGAGUCAUCCGCAGAUGCCGAGGGCUCUGAGCAACGGCGACCGCGGCUCUGUUGGUGCUCGACGGCCACGGCCCAGUGGUUUGCCGGGAGAUAAGGUCCAGUCGCGCGAGUUUACCCGCUUUCUGGACAGAGGCAACUGGUUUUUGGCCAUCUAUAACGACGCGCCGCAGACUAUCGAUAUAUCCAUGGCUUACACGAUAGCCGACGAGUCCAACAUUCCCUGUCCUUUCGACUGUCACGGACACGGCGUCUGUGCCAACGGUGUCUGUAAGUGCGAUGACGACUACGCCGGUGAUAAUUGCGCCUACAGGGUUUGUCCUGUGCUGUGCUCAGGCCGUGGCCAGUAUGCGAACGGUGAGUGUCAGUGCAGCUCCGGCUGGAAGGGCAAAGAGUGUCAGCUCCGGGAGGACGAGUGCGAAGUGGGCGACUGUAACGGACACGGAGACUGUGUUGACGGCAAUUGUCACUGUUUUCCCGGCUAUAAAGGCAAACACUGCGAAGACGUGGACUGUCUGGACCCGGACUGCUCAGCACACGGCCACUGUGUGGCCGGUCUGUGUCUGUGCGGCAAAGGCUGGAAGGGCGCCGACUGCGCCGAACCGGACUCCGAGGCCAUCCGGUGUUUGCCCGACUGCACCGGUCACGGGAACUUUGAUCUACAGCUCCAGCAGUGUAUUUGCGACGAGCGAUAUACCGGACCCGACUGUUCACAAGAGCGAUGCGAUCUGGACUGCGGUAAUAACGGUCACUGUCAGAGCGGUGAGUGUCUGUGCGACGAGGGCUGGACGGGUGCCAAAUGCGCGGAACGGCUGUGCGACCCACGAUGUCUCGAGCAUGGUCAGUGCAAAAAUGGCACCUGUCUGUGCAUACAGGGCUGGAAUGGCAAACACUGUACUCUAGAUGGUCUGAUCGACUGCGCCGACCCGGAGUGUUGUUCGAGCAAAAAGUGCGAGGGCAAACAACUUUGUUUCUCGGCCUCCGACCCGCAGGACAUACUGUUGCGGAAACAGCCGCCGGCGGUCACCGCCUCCUUCUUCCAGAGGAUGCAGUUUCUCAUCGAAGAGGAAUCCGUUCAGAGUUACGCCCAUAAGAGCGCAUUCAAUGACAGUCUAUUCUGGAACCGAUUCAACGACAGCCGGGCGUCAGUCAUCAGAGGCCAAGUGGUGAAUCACGGCGGACAGGGUAUCACCGGAGUGCGCGUGGGAGUGGCCACGGAUCCGAUGCUGGGCUUCACCCUUACCCGCGACACGGGUUGGUUUGAUCUCAUGGUCAACGGUGGCGGCGCCGUCACACUGCACCUGCAACGCGACCCCUUUCGACCCGCCCAACGCGUGGUAAUGGUUCCCUGGAAUGAGAUAGUUGUCUUGGAUCGGGUCCAGUUGACCAUCGAUGACAGGGGCAGCGGUGCUGAUGGUGGGAAAGCGGCCAUUUGUAUGGAUCACGACUACGAUGUCAACGCGUGGGGCAGCGGUGCUGAUGGUGGGAAAGCGGCCAUUUGUAUGGAUCACGACUACGAUGCGAUGAAGCCGGUGGUGUUGGCCACUUGGAAACACACUUUCCAGGGCGGCUGCGCCUCCCAGAGCGCACUCCUGGCCGAGUCGCGUGUCGUCCAGGAGUCGCUUCGUAUUCCCGGAACCGAUUUGAAUCUUGUGUACCAUUCCUCGCGAGUGAACGGCUAUUUGUCCACAAUUGAGCUCCAACUGACACCCGAUAAGAUACCCCAAGCGCUCCGUUUGGUGCACCUGAAGAUCGCCAUCGAGGGUAUACUCUUCGAGAAGACCUUCGAAGCGGAUCCCACCAUAAUGUUUACCUACGCGUGGAAUCGGCGCAAUAUCUACCGCCAAAAAGUCUUCGGUUUGGCCACCGCUAUGGUUCACGUGGGCUAUCAGUACACCGGUUGCGCUGCGACCGUAUGGGACGUCCAGACGGUUCAGUUGGCCGGACACGAUAUGGCCAUCUCGGAGAUUGGCGGCUGGAAUCUGGACAUUCAUCACCGGUACAACUUUCACGAGGGUAUCCUCCAGAAGGGCGACGGAACCAAUGUCUACCUGAAGCAAAAGUCCAAAGUGAUGUUGACCACGAUGGGUGAUGGCCAACAGCGCCCCCUUCACUGUCCCUAUUGUAAUGGUGUGGCCCGCGAUCAGCGCCUGUUGGCACCCGUGGCACUCGCCUCCGCACCCGAUGGCAGCGUAUAUGUCGGUGACUUUAAUCUGGUCCGACGUAUUAAGACCGACGGAUCCGUUCAAACGGUGGUCGAGUUGAGCGAGUCCUCCGUGGCCUAUAAGUAUCACUUGGCUGUCGGUCCCAUCGACGGUAAGCUCUACUUCUCGGACCCGGAAAAGCAUCAGAUCCUGCGGGCGAUCAGUUUGGAUCAGAUACCCGAUCCGCGCAAUAAUCUGGAGAUAGUGGUGGGCACUGGUGUCAAGUGUUUGCCCGGCGAUCGCUCGGCCUGUGGUGAUGGCCGACUGGCCAGAGACGCCCGCCUGUCGUACCCCAAAGGUCUGGCCAUAUCAUCCGCCGGUGAGAUCUUUGUGUCCGACGGCACAAACAUCCGAUACGUGGACGCGUCCGGUGUUAUCCAUACACUGAUCGGCGACCACUACCACAAGAGUCACUGGAAACCGCUUCCCUGUUCCGGAUCGAUACCCCUCCAGAAGGUGGCCCUCCGGUGGCCGACCCAACUGUCCAUUUCGCCCAUCGAUAACUCGCUGCAUAUACUCGACGAUCAUAUGGUCCUGAAGUUGACACAAGACCGGCGGCUGCGAGUGAUCGCCGGCCGGCCCUCCCAUUGCUCGUCAGUCAUCACCGGAACGCCCGAAGAAGUGCCAAACGCCGAGACCGGCGAGGCUUUAGCUUCACAAGUAUUCCUCGAAACGCCCCAAUCGAUAGCCUUCGGACCGAAUGGCGACCUCUAUAUCGCCGAAAGCGACUCCCAGACCGUGAAUCGGGUCCGUGUGGUGACCGCCAACGAUAACAAGAUCCGUAGGUUCGCCGGCGCCGACCUGAAGUGCUCGUGUAUGGACGUACAGUGCGAGUGCUAUUCGCCGGACCUGUUGGCCAUCAACGCCAAACUGUCCACCGUAUCGGCCAUAACAGUCACACCCGACGGUCGACUACACGUCUGCGACCAGGAAAACCUCCGCAUACGGACAGUGGUGUCGCCACUGCCCGACCAAAACCCCACGAACGGCGAGUACGAGAUUGUGAGCCCCCUCUCCACCGAGAUCUACCUCUUCAACCGACACGGCCAACACGUGUCCACCCGAUCGGUAAUGACCGGCCAUACGGUGUAUACGUUUAGCUAUAAUGUCAAUACACUGAACGGGAAGCUGUCAUCCGUGACGGACUCGGCCGGCAAUAAGCUGUAUAUACUUCGGGAUUAUAGCAAUCAAGUGAAGAGCAUCGAGAACAGCCAGGGUGGAAAGUGUAGAUUACAAAUGUCCCGGUUGGGUAUGCUCAGCACGUUCACCACGCCCGACAACUUUGUGACCAAGUUGACUUAUUAUGGUAACACUGACGCCCUGUUGGCCACCCGUACCGACUCGUGGACCCGUUCGGUGGCCUAUCAGUACGACCAAUACGGCCGACUCGUGCGGGCAGUGCUGCCCGACGGCGAUAUCAUCGAAAUGCAGUAUAAGCUGAACACCGACGGCGCCCGAGUGGCCAUCGAUCGCAAUGGGAAAGAGUUGAUGAAACUGGCGAUUGUGGGCCAAGAGGUGAGCAGUGUCUCCACCACUGGCGAUGAGGAUCAGCCACUCGUGUUGACGAAGAUUGCGGCCAAAGACUCAAAGUUUACCAUCAAGUCGGCCGACACCAGUGUCACAGAGAUUGAGUCCCAGGUGUCGCCUGUGAUCAGCGAUAUGUGGCCCAAAAUGGCCGAGACUUGGCCUCUGCCCACACGUAUGCGAGUCAUAGCCAACGACGAGAUGAGCACAAGACUCGAGUGGAAACACUACGUCCGCCGCAGCGCCGGCUCUAAAGGCCAGUCGACUGAUGCUAAGCGCAUACAAACUGUUGGCCGCAAACUCAAAGUGAACGGCGAGCCGGUGCUGGCCGUGGAGUACGAUCGCGACGCCCAACAGGAGCUACUUCUGGACCAAACCAUGAAACCCAUUGUCACCGUUAGCUACGACCCGGUGGGUCGACCCCUGCGGUGGACCUCCGGUCACAAUCAGACACCCGUAGCCCUCGAGUACGACCGCUUCGGGCGUCUGUCCAGUUGGACGCGCGGCCAGUUGUCGCACACCAUGACCUACGAUAUCAGCGGCCGAUUGGCUGAGCGCAGGUACGCCGACAAAGCCGGCCGUCUCUACAAGUACUCGGACUCCAGCACCAGUCCGGCCGAGAUUGUCGAGCCCAGCGGCGCCCGCUAUCUGAUCCAAUACGACCAAAGCGGUGGCGUAACCGCUGUGAUCACACCCGCCGGCCAUCGGCACGAGAUCGCCCGCCAGACAUCCCUGGGUUUCUACAAACUCCUAUACCUGAGCCCCGGUAUGAAAGCGCCCUAUAUUUUGCAUUACGACGACUCCCAGCGUGUGAUCGCCCGACUCCUGCCCGAAAACAGUGGCCGCACUGUCAACGUCUACAACGGGAACGGACUGUUGGACACCCAGUUUGCCGGCACCGAGAAGACAGAGUACGCCUAUCACGAGGGCUCGGAUCUGCUGAAGUCAGCGAACAGACAGUUCACUGACGGCCAGGAUUUUAAGGUUGACUACAGAUAUCACGGCUCGCUGUUGAAGGAGGAGCGGCACCGGUUCGGCGCCCGAUCGCCGUUCAACAGCUAUAAGUUGCGCUAUAAGUACGGCCCGCAGGCGAGGGUACAGGAAGUGGAGUUUGAACUGCAGGGCCGCGGCGUUGAGACCCGCAAAUACAAGCGAAACCCAGCUACCGGUGCUCUGGAGGGUGUGGACGGGUUCGCUGUGGUCAGGCGUAACGUAAACUCACUACAGGUCACGGAUGAGCGCUCGAUGAAGACUGUGGGCACCGAUAGCUACGGUCGACCGGUGCUGAUCACGCUUUCCGUCUGGAAUAAGGAGCUCUUCUCGCAAGUGAUUCAUUACCAGCCCCUGAGGUCGAGGAUCUCGGAGUCCCGGAUGCGGUUCGGCAACAAUUAUCUGCUCACAAACUAUAGCUAUACCGCCGAUGGCUUUGUAGAGCAAGUGAGCAGCUCUUCGGCGCCGGUGUCUAAGUAUGUCUACGAUAUCGGCGGCGAUGUUAAGAGUGUUUGGGAAGGAGACACUCACAUCACCAUC